GUGAUUCACCAGGAAGAGAAGCAGCAGCAGGGCGGGCAGGACGCGCAGCACCAGCCCUCCUGUGGACGAACAGGAGCCGGUCCGCGUCGCCCCACUGAUGUUAUGACUUGAAUAUGGCCGAUAAGGGGCCGUUUUUGACCUCAUGUAUUAUUUUUUACCUCUCGGUCGGGGCCGCAAUAUUCCAGAUUCUCGAAGAACCCAACUGGAUCUCGGCCAGAGACAGAUAUAUCCUGCAGAAAGAAAACGUUUUGAAGAAGUAUACCUGCUUGACUAAAGAAGCGCUGGAUGAGAUUUUGGAGAUCGUGUCGGAGGCUGCAGGUCAAGGUGUGACCAUCACUGGCGAGAAACAUCGCAACACGUGGGACUGGGUCAACUCGGUCGUUUUCGCUGCCACCAUUGUCACCACCAUAGGUUAUGGCAAUGUCGCGCCCAAGACUGAAGGUGGUCGUGUGUUCUGCAUCCUGUACGGUUUGUGUGGGAUCCCCCUAUGCCUGGUAUGGAUAAGUGAGCUGGGUUCAUUCUUUGGAGACAGAGCCAAGCGUCUGUCCCAGGUUCUGAUCCGCAGAGGCGUCUCAGUGAAAAGGGUCCAGUUAACCUGUACGGCCUUGUUCCUGUUAUGGGGGGUGUUUGUGCACCUGGUUAUCCCUCCGUUUGUUUUCAUGUCUAUGGAAGGAUGGAGCUACCUGGAAGGCAUCUACUUCUCGUUCAUCACUCUCACAACGGUUGGUUUUGGAGAUUAUGUGGCAGGCGUAAAUCCAAACAUAGAGUACCCCAGACUGUACAGAACAUUUGCAGAGAUAUGGAUCUACAUGGGCCUGGCCUGGCUGUCGCUGUUCUUCAGCUGGAACGUCCACAUGGUAGUGAAAGCUCACAAGAAGUUCAAGCAAAGACGACACAGGUACCGACACUUAGAUGACGAAGAGCUCCAGCCAGAAGGGGAAAACCAGAACCCAGAAAUAAAGCGGUCCGUCAUCGACAUCUUCAACUUCAUGUCUGAAAACGGGGAGGACUACAGCACCGUCAUACACAAUAUCGGAAGUACGGCAAAAAAAAUAAACCCUGCAGAGAAAGUAAACCGCUCUAAGAGCUGCAGCGACAUCCUGUCCAUCCGUACCCUGGAUCAUUCGCCGAAACACAAACACAUGAUCAGCAUCAGUCAGGUGUUCAUGACCGCAAAAUUGGAUCAAGAGGAGGAGCAUCCGCCACAAGAGAGCAACAGAGACAGGGAGCCUCCAGAAUGUGCGAGGACGGCAGGUAGCACGGAGAACAAAGACAGUUGUGCACUUGAACCAGAAAAUGAUGGUAUCAUCUUCACUGUACCUGCCAGAGACACUGCAGAGGAACAGACUGUACAGCAGGCGGGUGGAGGGGAGAGCAGGUUCCAAAUAUCCAAAGUACAGGAAGAUUCGGUCAUGGACAAAGAUGAAAAAGGGUAAAACAAUACUGUUUUGUAUCAAGGGGACAAACUGCAUCCGUGCAAUUCAAGGGUGGACUGUUUAACAGCCUCCUGCUUCACAACAGCAUUAUUUCAUGCAAAUCUUCCAUUAUUGAAACACACAACCCAUUUGGCGGACGCUUUUAUCCAAAGGGAUGGGGAAGACUGAGGCUCAAACUGCCGACAGUCUGACGACCGCUCUACCCCUCAGUCACAGCCGCCCACCCAAUUCUCUUCUUCUUGCAAACGUUGAAUAAAGAUUGUUUUUUAUUAUUUUUCGAUCCCAUAUCCAUCCAGAUCUUUCCAUACAACAUUUCUAAAAGUGACUAGAACACUUCAAAUCCCAGCACAGGGCUUUAUGGAGACAAUAUGUAACUUUCCCUCAUAGGAAGCUGCUACAGUGGAGUCCAUUCAGACAUGGUCAUUAUCAGCCUUUUCCUGAUUUACCACUGGCUGAAUCAGGGGUAGAAAACAAACGUUGUUACUGGGCAAAUUCAAACAAUAAAGACACUGCAUCUUUUUAAAAUGAAGAAAUGUAACCUCAGAGCCAGGUCGAUCUUCAGGGUUGUGCUUUGACAGCUUUGUGCCGUUUGGAUGACAGAGCAGCCACAUGUCACCUGUCUUAACGUCUACAGGUAAAGCUACAGACUAGAAACAUUACAGUACAGUCCUUUACAGACACCGACACAAAAUGAGUGUAAAUUACAAUAAGAGACUAUCCAUUUAACUGAAUUUAAAUUAAUUAAUUAAUUCGGAAACAUGAGGUGUAUUGCGUAAUUUUUCAGAUUUUCACUAUUUGAUUCAUUUUUAAUUCUAUUAUUGAGGGAUUAUUUUGUGCACAGACCCUUUCUUCCUUGUUCCAUAGUUGAGAUGCUCAAAAUUUGUAGUCUUCCGUUACAUCUGUGUAAACAUUUCGUCAUGUCAAGGGUUGAAUGAGCCGAGGCCCAUCUCUCCUCGGGGUUGCAUCUCCACCAGAGAAUGCUUUGUGUGCUUCGUUCAGUUUAGUCAUGUGAUUACAACUAAUGUAUGACUCAUGACUGAUCAUAAUGUAGAUGAUUCAUAAAGGAAAAACUAAUUUAUAGAUUCUUGCAGCUUAGCAUUCUUUAGGACACACAAACUACUGACUUAAAGUUCCGUGAUGUUCAGUAAAAAGUAUCCAGUAAAAUAUUAUUUUCAUGAUAAAUGACAAAGCAGCAAUAUGAACUUUUUUAAUUUUUUAUUGAAAAUUAGGGUUGCAAAGGGGUGGCAAAUUUCCAGUAAAUUUUCAUGUGAAUAUUCAGCUCGGGAAUUUUGGGAAUUUUGAAAAAAAAAAAUUACACAAAUUAAACGCUGAGCACUAAAAACAUCAUUCAAAACUCUAUUUUAAAGAUGUAUGGAAUGCAACACACGCAUGUUGAAUUUCAACCCUGCACUGUGCAUUUCUCCAUCACAUGCCCAGAUAAUUCCCAGCAUCCUCCACACUACAGCAGGGCUAUCGAGGCCUGCUGUAGUGUGCAGGACUAGUCAAGUAAGUUUCGAUGAUAUUACUGGGGAAAAUAUACAAGCAUGCUGAUUGAGGAUUGUUCAUCUGUUCAUUUAGCCUAUUUCUAUUCAUUUAUCCAUCAAUUGUCAAAUAUUUUUAAAGACGAUUCCAAUUGUUUGGCUAACUAUUUAUAUCUCUGGCAUUGCAUUAGUGUUUUUUUACAAGCUUUUUUGCUCAUCUUAUUCUACAGAACAUUGCCAUGUGGAGACAUUUCACACCAGCCAAUGUAGAAGGAAAGGCUGUGUACAUUUGCAAAUACGAUGCAAAGACCCAUGUUAAGAAUGACACAGAUCCAGAAGCAUAUAGUCAAGUGCCCAAAGUUUCCUCAGGGCUCAAAUCAGCCUUUGACAAAACAAAAUGUUUAUAUUUAUGUCUGUAUAUGACAAGGUAAAUACAGUUAGUACUAACUACCCACACAAUUUCCAGUUUAUUCCCGUAUAUUCCCAUGGAAAGUUUCCAGCUUUGAAUAUUCCCGGAAUUUUGCAUGAUUAACGGCAAAGCAGCAAUAUAAACUUUUUACGUAUUUUUAUUGAAAAUAUGAGGAUUUAUUUCACAGCGGUUCAAGUAGUUGGUCAGUUCAGUAUCUACAACCAUUUGCAAAAAAUGCUGAAAUGCCCACGACCAUGAAGAAGUCAGGAAAACAAAAUGCAUUAAUUUUCCUCCCAAGAGAAUAAGAAAAAAAUAGCAUUUUCCACAUACGAGUGCUGUGAUUUAUGUUAAUCAUCAUUCAAAUCACCAAUGUCCGCGCCUUGCAAAGAGGUGAGUCAUUGCCUACUCCAGAUCACAGACCAAGGCUUUAUGGUACACAGUGCCAAUGAGCAACUUUCCCCCAUAUGCUGCUGCUACAGACGAACCAAUAAGCACACGACCAUCGUCUUCAUACACCUGAGUCACCACAGGCUGGUCCGAGUGAAUCUUCUGGACGCGGAUGACCUGCACAAAACAUCAUCACACAGGAGAAAGAAUUAUAACAAGAGGAAUACAUGUAAAACGAUUUGUCAUCUGUUUAAGUAACGAGAAUUAGGGUGCAGAAAUUAAACGCAUAAAAACAUA